CAUGAUUGAUCCAAGCUGACGACUAUUCUAAUUUCACAACAUUUGUCACUUGUGUUUAAAAUUUCUUUCUUUCUUUCUUUCUUUUUAUUAAAAGAAGCAGAGCCCUCGUGUAGUUGAAUUGUAUAGAUUGCAACAGUAAAUAACUCAAAUCCCCGAUAGAACUCUUUUAUUUCUUUUCCCCCCCUUUAUUAUUAUUAUUAUUAUUUCCCCUAUGUAUAGUCGAACUUCUCCUUAUACCACCGGUAGACCACUGAUUAAUCCACCUACUUAUAUUGAAUACCAUGGAUUACGCUUCUUGAUUGUUGAUGCACCCAGUUCCAACAAUUUACCACUGUAUUUACAGGAAUUCGAACGUUGGAACGUAACAGAUGUAGUCCGGUGUUGUGAAGCAACCUAUCCUAAAGAGCCACUCAACGAGAAAAAUAUUCAGGUACAUGAUUUUGUAUUUGUAGAUGGUGAAGCGCCACCUGCUCCCAUUGUAGAUGCUUGGUUGCACCUCAUCGAGGCACGCUUCAACCUUAAUAAUAAUAACGAUGAUGAUGGUGAUGAUGAUGCAGAAAAGACACAAAAUGGUGAGAAAUUACCAUGUAUUGCCACCCACUGUGUUGCUGGCCUUGGAAGAGCGCCCGUGUUGGUUGCGAUUGCCUUGAUUGAGGAGGGCAUGCCGCCUUUAGAUGCGGUGUCUUUUAUCCGUGAACGUCGUCGUGGAGCCAUUAAUAAGAAACAAUUGAGAUAUAUCGAAACAUAUAAACCACGAUCGAAAAAUAAAUGUAUUAUCUGUUAG